ACCCAGGUGCGGACGGUUCCUACUGCGGCUGGGCACCGGCUCCGCUCCCGCGUCGGCCCGCGCUCCCGCUGCGCCCGGCCCGUCCCUGGCCCGGCUCGGCCCGGCCCCGGCUUCCUAGCGAAGGCAUUGCUGCCGCCUGAGCCGCUCCCAGGGUCAUGAGGAGGCGGCGGCAGCCACUGCGGCCCGCGUCAAGGUGACCGGCCGGGACUGCGGCGGCGGCGAAAGCGGGCGGACUUCUCCAGACAGGUUAUGUCACCGACAGAGGCUGCGCUGAAGCUCCCUGCGGCCCAGAGACCAUGUACAAGAGGGAUGGUCUGAUGGCUGGCGUGUUGGUCACCUCCGCCACUCCACAGGGUAGCAGCUCAGACUCUCUGGAGGGCCAGAGCUGCGACUAUGCCAGCAAGAGCUACGAUGCCGUUGUCUUCGAUGUCCUGAAAGUAACUCCCGAGGAGUUUGCUAGCCAGAUCACAUUGAUGGACAUCCCUGUGUUUAAAGCCAUCCAGCCGGAGGAACUCGCCAGCUGUGGAUGGAGUAAGAAGGAGAAACAUAGUCUUGCCCCCAACGUCGUGGCCUUUACCCGGAGGUUUAACCAGGUCAGUUUUUGGGUUGUACGAGAAAUUCUAACAGCACAGACUUUAAAAAUAAGGGCAGAAAUCCUGAGCCAUUUUGUGAAAAUAGCCAAGAAACUUCUAGAACUCAACAACCUUCAUUCUCUCAUGUCUGUGGUGUCAGCAUUACAAAGCGCACCCAUCUUCAGGCUGACGAAAACCUGGGCUCUUUUGAAUCGAAAAGACAAGACCACCUUUGAGAAACUGGACUACCUGAUGUCUAAAGAAGAUAAUUACAAGCGGACUCGGGAAUAUAUCCGAAGCCUGAAGAUGGUCCCCAGUAUUCCCUAUCUAGGCAUCUAUCUUCUGGAUUUAAUCUACAUUGAUUCUGCAUAUCCUGCCUCAGGCAGCAUCAUGGAAAACGAACAAAGAUCCAAUCAGAUGAACAAUAUUCUCCGGAUAAUUGCUGAUUUGCAAGUUUCCUGCAGUUAUGAUCACCUCACCACCCUGCCCCAUGUGCAGAAGUACCUGAAGUCCGUGCGCUACAUCGAAGAGCUCCAGAAGUUUGUGGAAGACGACAACUACAAACUGUCGCUCAGAAUUGAACCAGGAAGCAGCUCCCCGAGACUCGUCUCUUCCAAGGAAGAUCUCGCAGGCCCCUCUGCCGGCUCCAGUUCUGCGAGGUUCAGCCGGCGGCCCACCUGUCCUGAUGCAUCCGUUGCGGGCAGCCUCCCCACACCCCCGGUCCCAAGACACAGGAAGAGCCACAGCCUGGGCAACAAUAUGAUGUGUCAGUUGAGUGUAGUUGAGAGUAAAAGUGCGACAUUCCCAUCGGAGAAAGCGAGGCACCUGCUGGACGACAGUGUCCUAGAGUCCCGCAGCCCCCGCAGGGGCCUCGCCCUCACCUCCUCCUCUGCCGUCACCAAUGGACUCUCCCUCGGCAGUAGUGAGAGCUCAGAGUUUAGUGAAGAGAUGUCUUCAGGGCUGGAAAGCAGGGGACGUCUCUACGCCACGCUGGGGCCCAACUGGCGAGUUCCAGUUCGGAAUUCUCCCAGAACCCGGAGCUGCGUCUACAGCCCCACCGGCCCGUGCAUCUGUACCCUGGGGAGUUCGGCCACAGUCCCCACCAUGGAGGGGCCUCUGAGAAGGAAAACUCUGCUCAAGGAAGGACGGAAGCCUGCGCUGUCCUCCUGGACCAGGUACUGGGUCAUACUCUCAGGAUCCACCCUCCUGUACUACGGAGCCAAGUCCUUGCGGGGCACAGACAGAAAACACUAUAAAUCCACACCUGGCAAGAAGGUCAACGUCGUGGGCUGGAUGGUGCAGCUGCCCGAUGACCCCGAGCACCCGGACAUCUUCCAGCUGAAUAACCCCGACAAAGGCAAUGUUUACAAGUUCCAGACCGGUUCCCGAUUUCACGCGAUACUGUGGCACAAGCAUUUGGACGAUGCGUGUAAAAGCAACAGGCCUCAGGUACCUGCAAACCUUAUGUCGUUCGAGUAAGUCUCUGCGGGACUUCGCGUGACUUCAGAGGCUUCUGGGAGCCCGGCCUGGGACUGGUGGCCGAGCGCAGGUCCCGGACACAAGGCUGUUGGCGGGGUGCUGGGAGACUCACAGCCGGACUGGAGGGCACGCGGCUGCGGCCUCACAGUCCAGAGGGCUCCGCCUGCUGACCCCCAGCAACCCUCCUGACCCCCAUCCUGCAGCGCCACCUCACGGGGCCGUGGUCCCCAAACUCUACACCCCGCCCUCCCUCUCUGGGCCUUCAUCUGUCCACCAGCUGCUGCUGCGACCAGAGAGCAUCUGGCCCACGUUGGGUCCCCAGUGCUUUCUCCUGCACAAAAGAGUGGACGGCGUGCCCCCGCGAGGGGCCGGAGGGAAGGGACAGGCUGGGGAACUGGCUUUUUACACCCCCCCGUGUGUGGGGUCGCUCGCCCCCAGGGCUGCCUCAGAUUUUGUAUAACCCCGGAAGCGUCCUCUGUGUGUGCGUGCUGUGUCUGUAUGCGUGCGAGCCAGAGUGACCUCUCCGAGAAACAUGCAUUUUGGCACAAGACUUGUGACUUCACACACUUCAUCCUCUUUGAGGCAGGCGCUGCUUUAACCUAACGCAACCGACUCGUCCGCCAAGGAAGGUCAGAGUGAGCCCAGAUGCCUCCUGUGUUAAGGGUCCCUCGCGUUCUUUUACUGUAAACAAACAAUGCCUUAAAUUGUGUCUUGUUUUCUGUUCCUAUGGGUGCUAUUCAUCUGGAAGGCUUGCUCCCUGAGCCCCCGGGGCCCUUCCAGGCCUUGUUGAUCUCGGCUCUUCUGAGACAGAACCUGGCUUCCGGACUGUGGACUGGGCGGGCGGCUGGCCUGCUAGCUUCCUCCCAGCCCCUCCCCGACAGGGCUUGAAGGCCCUGCUCCCCCCCCACCCCCCCACCCCCACGCCCUGUGCCAGAAUGGAAAGUUGUGAUGCUUUUUCCCAGCUUCUAGAGGCGGCACCUGCACCUGGUGACGUGACCGGCUGCACCGGCCCCCCCCCACCCCCCACCCCUUUGCCUCCACUGCCAGGGCGGGGCUGCUAGGAUUCCCGAUUACACUGGGGAGCUGAGUGACACUGAGGCCUUAAGCUCCCCCACUCUUGCCCCAAACACAGUCACCAGCAAGUUCUCCAUCGUCCAAGUCUAAGGGCACAGUUGUUGAUGACUGCGGUGACGAGAGAGCAAAGCCCUGGGGAGUGACCCGCCACCUGAGUUCUGCUUUCAGCUAAAAGAGCUCUUGAUGUGAACAGUGUCCUUCAUGUGUCACUCUGUCAUAUUUUUAAGUGACUUUUAUUUUGCACAAAUACAUUUUCUUGGAAAUCAUGAAUAAACAUUAGCUUUAUUGCA